ACUCGAAGGUGAGUAAAUGAUUUUUGGGUGAAGUAUCCCUUGAAGGUGUAUACAUUUAAUGUGCAUACAUUUUCAUCGCCCUGUAAAACUUUUGUGUCUUUGGAGCUGGACAGAGAUCAGUUAUGAUGCCUCAAAGCAUUUCUUUGUGAGUUGUUUGAAUUCUUUGAUACUAAAUGUCACAUAGCUAUUCCAAAGUAGGACAGUUCACACACACACUUUUACACCUACACACAUGAACACACAUUCCCUUGAGUCUGCCUGCCAAAAAGCUCCCCCUUGCUUUCUCAAGACUUGAGUAUUUCAUUAGUGAGAUAAAACAGGGCUGAGCCCACUGGGUUUGCCAGUUCUUCUGAUGAGGAAAAGAGAAGCAGGGGAAUCAGAAAGAGAGAGAGAGAGAGAGGCAGUGAUAAACUCUGCUGUGAGUCCUCGUGUAAGCAGAGAGAGAGAGAGUGCAGAAGCAGCAGCAGCAUAAGAUCUGGACAGAGUUAGAACACAAGCGAAAGCAGAGGGAGCAAGACCUACCACAAAGAUCAUGCAAUUAGAUGUGAGUCUACAUGUGUUUUUUUCACUCUGCUGGACCAGGCUGAUGAAUUAGGGCCGGGGACUUUGUACGCAAGUGGGCACAUUUGAAGCUGUCAGAGAAAGCGCGCGAUUGUCUCGUCAAGUGCUUCACGGCUUUGAAGUUUCUCAGUCGGCCGCGGGGGACCAAUUUUCCCUGCGAGGAAAAAAAACGGCAAAAGAGGGCCAAAGGCUACGAAUACUGGAGUAGUUCCAACUUCCAAUUCCCUCGGGACAUUUUUUUCCACCUCAGCGUCAAGAGAAAACCACAUGUGAAGACUGAUGGGGCAAGAGCUCAGCAUUGCUUACCAGAGAAUCAACUUGGAUGCAUCACUGACUGCAACACCACAGAGGCUCCACGACACAGUGGCGAAGAUCCAGAGAGAGGGAAUCUAGUAAUCUCCAUCCACGCUCCCCUCCCCACCUUCACUUCAUCUGCCUGGACCUUCUUCGGUUGCCCCCUGGUACCCCCCGCAGGGCAGGAAGCGUGAAAAAUCUCACUAAUGGGUUUAUUUGCUGUCAGCUCAGCGACGACCUGUCAUUUCCCAGGGCCGCUCCGCUUGACACAUUUCAUAGUUGAGUAAGCUUCACUUUGUUUCUGCCAAAGGAGCUUCGGUCUUUUGACAAGAUCAAGACCAAGCUUAACAGCCAGCUUAAUUCACGUUGGUUGGUUGCAUGUUUGCCUACAUUAUUUUCUUUUGGGAGGUCAAGCGUAUGAUUUAAAGCCAAGUGGACAUUUGCCAUUGCUCUGUGUUUCUGACCAAGAACUUGCAGAAGAGAGAAAGACAAGCAGAGAUUUCUGAUUCGACAACAUUCUCCAGGCUGGUGGGCUGAAGAUGCGGUUCUGGCUGCUAGCUGUGGUGACGGCAGUGCUCUGGAGUCACUGCAUCCUUCUAGGGUGGGCUGAGGGCAGGAAGGCACGUAAGAGGCCGAAGGACACCAAUCCACAGUACACUGAAGCAUUCAACAGCACCGUCUCAAACAGUGAGGAGCAGGAGGACAGCAUGAGGGUCAGUGAGAACCAGAGAGUGGAUCCUCUUGGAUCAUGGAUGGAUUUUGUGAAGAGACCCGUGGGCAACUUUCCCGGAAAAUGCAGAAAGCGAAAACGACCACUGCCUGGUCCCCCAGGCCCUCCAGGUCCACCAGGGCCUCAGGGACCUCCAGGAUCUCCCGGGGCAGAGGUCACUCAAGAGGUCCUCCUGCGAGAGUUCAAAGAAAUGAUCAAAGAGGCCACAGAGAGGCGAGCUGCAGUGGACAGACCCAACGAACCCAGUCAGCUGCCCACAUCUCUCCUUAACCUAGAGAGCUUGACCUCCUACAGGAGAAUUGAAGAAGCGUUUCACUGCAAACUCAAAGGCCCUGUAGUUGUGGACAAGAAAACUUUGGCAGAGCUGCAGAACUUUCAGACGCCUCCUGCCAAAGGUGCCUUCCUCAGAGGAACGGGGAUGGAUCAGUCCACUGGCCGGUUUACAGCCCCCGUAACUGGAAUUUAUCAGUUCUCUGCCAAUGUUCAUAUUGAUCACACUGAAGUGAAGAAAAGUAAGAACCAGCUGAGAGCCAGAGACAAUGUGAGAGUUUUGAUCUGCAUUGAAUCACUCUGCCACAGAUAUACAUCAUUGGAAGUGAUUGUUGGUCUUGAGAGUAACAGCAAGAUAUUUACAGUGUAUGUCCAUGGACUGCUGGAACUUCAGGCUGGCCAGUACACCUCCAUAUUUGUGGACAAUGCAGCUGGAGCAUCGAUCACAAUACAGAAUGGCUCUGAUUUCAUGGGCAUGUUGUUGGGGGUAUAGCCUCGGCUAUAUCUGGUGGAUCAAAUACAACAGACUGCAUAGCUGCCCUUUGGACCGUCACGCAGCAUCGUAAGACAUCAUUUGACUUCACCGUGAAAGCGGUUGUCUGUUCAAACUUUAUGGAUGAGCAAAGGACACAUCGAACCCCACAAUGCUAGAGACAAAGACUGUUGGAUGCAAUACUAAAAGACUUGAGGACAGUGGACUCUUAUCUGCCUUGACUGCAUUCCUUACAGUAAAAUUCCUCCUGCUCCCUGUGUUCGUUUUGAAUGGCAUUCACCAGAUCGUAUUCUGUCAUAAAUGUAUACAAAGAGAUUUUUCUACCUAUAUAUUGGUGCAUGAUGUCAGCACCAUCCUCCUAUAGUGUUUCUAUUGUUUUAUACAUGGUGAGAGGUAUUUUAGAGUAAAUACAAUACAAAAGAAAUGGGUUUAUCUAUGGGCUGAUAGUCUCACAUCUUUUGGAGGUGUAACACAAAAUGCACACCUUCUGUCGUAAAUGACUUUAUUGUGUAUUGUUAAUAUCAUUUAAAUAUCAUAAGCUAGACAAAGUUUUAUUUACUAUGCAGAUCCAAAAAGCAUGUGUUCGAGCUGGAUUAUUGAUGAAAGAUUUUCCAUUACGCUUGGCCAAAAGAAGGAAACAAGCAAAAGAAGCAAAAAAAAACAG